AUGCUGACGGAAGAAAUGAAGGUCUGGCAUGGAAUAGUGAUCGCAGUGGUGUCUCUGGUACUGCAGGCCUGCCUCCUCGCAGCCGUCAACUACCUGCUCAGCAGGCACAUGGCCAAGGAGAAUGAGAGGAUACUGAAAAGGGCCAGGCUCCAGGUCCCCAGGCCCAGCCCCGACCACUACUGCCCACCUGCUGCCAAGGAGACUCGGGCAGAGAGAAACAACCCUGUGCCUAAGCCCCGUUACCCACAUGACAGUGACACAUCCUCAGACAGCUCAGACAACUUGGACAGCUCACCUCCCACCCACCAGGCCACCAAGGAUGUGAACUACACACAAGUGGUCUUUUCAGCUCCUGGAGGACGAAGAAAUGACUCUUUCCUGGACUAUGAGAACAUAAAGGAAGUCACAGAUUACGUCAAUGUCAAACCAAAAAGCCACAAGCCCAGUUUCUGGACUUUUGUGAACCCUGGUGUCUUUGAGCCAGUGGAAUACCCAAGUGGUCAUGUGAAUUCUAGGCUUUUUAAUGGAGUGUAG